AGGAUUCUUAUUUCUUCACUAACUUCGACAUCCUAAAAGAUUUAUUGAUUUGCAAUACUCUAGAGUGUAAAAGUUUCAUAAAUUAUGCGUGCAGUUUCACUAUUAACGUGUGAAUGGAAUAAAAAUAGGAGAUGUUGAGAAAAAUGUGAUAUAUUGUCUUAAUAUCAUUUAUGCGUGUUUUUACACGGGUUUGUGGUUGUAUAUAUAUUCAAUCUUUUCGAGAACGUAUUAUAAAUUGGUAAAUGGUAAUUAAUUAAGGCAUGUCUCAGAACAUUGCUAGUCACCAUGAAGAUAUAUCAAAUUAUUUAAAAUAUGAUCUAGGUCAAUAUCAUUUUUUUUUUAAGGUCAAUAUCGUAUUAUAUGGCGUUGAAUUACAAAAUCUCGUCAAAUAAUAGAUUCCGUUCUUUUUACAAAAAAAAAAAUAAUAGAUUCCGUUCACUCGCAUGCUUGGUUGGGAAUAGAUCUCAAUUCCGUUUGCAUCUGCUAAAACUUGCUCAUUUUUACCUUAAUGAGUAAUGACUAUCUGAAGAAAAUAAUAUAUAUUCCUUAAAAAUCCAACGGCUAAAAAAACAUCAAAAAACUGUUUAUAACACUGUAAUGCUAAAGCAAUGUUACAAAAAAAAAAACUCCGACAGUCUACGGGUAAAGCAAUGUUAGACCAUCAUUAACGGUGAACCUUAGUGGGUUUCUUAGGGGGAAAAGUGAUUAAAAUUAAAUCAGAAAAAAAGAAAAUAGAAAUUACCGAUCCUUAAUUUGGGUGUUUGGUGAUCGAUUAUUAAUGGGGUUUUAUACCCACGUGUCAGCGUUCUAGAUGAAGUUUUUUUUUCUUUUCUUCUCUCACUUUCUGGCUGUCUUCUCUUGUUCUCCAUUUGAAGGAAAAGGGCGAAACCCAUCGAAACCACCACCGAUCGAAACCACCACCGAUCUUCCACCGAUCCUUCUUCCAUGACUAUCUCCAGAGAUUCAGGCGGAAUGUGAUGUCUAGGGCGGUUGAGCUGAAGCAAGUGAAAGGUUGUUUAGUUUCUCAAGAACAAUUCUUUGUUAACAAAAGCCUUUCUAGAAAAAGUGGAGAAUUGGGAGCACUGGGCGUGAUGAAGUCAUAAAUCACGGAGCAUCCAUGUGUUGUGUUGUCGUGUGUUGCAUUCUUGUGGUGAAGUCAUAAAUCAUUACUUGUCACAUGUUUUGUAUUCUUGUAGAAGUGGUCUUGUGGUCUAGUUUUAUUGUGUCACGGAAGUGGAACAACGCUUGAUUCAUUGCAAUGUUGAUUUUAACAAGUUAUUUUUUUUGUUUUUAAGAAUCCUUAAUUAAGAAACUACCAUUGAAAUACAAAAUCUAAUAGUUUCUUAACUAAAGUUCUUAAGUACAAUUAAUUAUUUAAAUAAUUAUUAAGAAACCCAAAUGGGGUUAUAGGGUUAAUUAUGCUCUUACAGCCUUCCGAACCCGUUCAUUCAAUACGUGGAUAUCCCAUCCUUGCAACAUGCAGUACAUUAGUUUUUCGGAGAUUCAAAUUUUGUUUAUAAACCCUGCAAUUAUCACAUGAUUCUUCUCGUCUUUGGUUUCAUUCAUACAAUAUCAUGGAUCACUUUUCGAUAGGAAUUCUUCCUUGCUUUUUAAGAGCAGAUGAAAAAAUGGUGACUUUAUAGACAUUUGAUUCCAUUUACUUUCAAUAUUCCAUUCAUAUCAAUUUGAUUCGGCAUUAUUCAUCCCCUUAGUUAGUGAUAUGUGGUAUAAUGAACAUGUGAUGUGGACUAGCCACAACUACUUGUUGCUGCGACGCUUCAAGGCUUCAAACAAUAAUUUGCAUCUGGUUUUAAAUCAAUAAAAAUAUUAGAUUUAGUUAGGUAGACGGAAAUAAGGAUGAAAAGCAACCCAAAUAAGAAUUUACGUACAUCUUUUAUCAUCAGAUGAUCACCACCAAGAAGAGUUUAUGGACUAUAUAUCAUUCAGACGUACACUAAGCAUAUAUAAUUGGAACGGAAAAUGAUCAUAAAAAUUGGCCAAAUCUUUUUGAUAUGCAAUUAUAUUAGAUUAACGUUACAUAUAUAGUGAGUUUAUUAAUUUCCAUUAGUGCCUCUUGCGUAAAAUGAACGGCCAAUUUGACGUCUCUCUCAAUGUACGUCGACAGAUAUGAUCCUAAAAAAACAAAAUACGAUUUGUAUUCAGACUUCAAAUCAAACGUAAACACAGUAAGCUAUAUAACUUCUUGUUAAAAUGCAAUUCAUGAUCCUGAUUGUUUCUUUGCUUUGUUUUUUAUGUUUUAAAUACAUAACACAAACAAUUAAUUAAUAUUUCAAUGAUAUUUAGAUAACAAAACCAUAUUUUUGGAUUUUUUUUUUGUAUAAUACAAUGGUUGAACUGUUAAAGAAAAAAACUGUUUUUAACUUUUUAGUGUCAUAUAUUCGCUUUCUUUUCAUUUCACUUUCUGCCAAUGUUUUUAAGCUUAUAAUUAUCUCUACUGUGAUAUAAAUUAAUAAAUUCACUUAUUUAUGGAGAAAGGUUUGAUUGACUAAGAAAUACAACAUCCAUCAUGUAGCUGUUUAGUUUUAUAAUUAGACAAGCAGAUAUGCUUUGAUGUCUAUUUAUAGCAAUUUCAAGACCCAUAAAUACACACAGAACCCCCCAAAAUCUAAAUGAGUGUGUGAUAGUAUUUUAAAGAUUUUAAUAUGUUGCAUAAGUAGUGAACAGAACAAAUGUUUGCAACCACUAAUAAAAGUCCCUACCAACACGUCUAUAUCAAUGAAAAGUUACAUCGAUGCCAAAAAUGUUUUUUCGCAUAUUAUUUUACACUUAAUUCGUAUACCAUUUUAUGUAAAGGUGAGAUAGCAUUAUAUUCAUAACUAAAAACCGAUAUCAAAUAUUUUCUUAUGCUAGGUGGUUGAUAAGUGAAUCUUAACGUGGAUGAGAAGUUUAUCCGCUCUUGGAACAUACGAAAGAAGUAAAAAUUAGUAUAUAUGUUAAUUUCAGAUACGAAUAAACCUAAUUCAUGUAUAGUUUAUUCCUUUCAAGCUACCUCAAAACCUCCGAGUUCAAAACGGGGACUAGUCUGUCGUGUAGAUGUGACCGACUUCUGUAAGCCAUAUGGACAUUUCUCAGCUAGCUUUCCCGUAUUAGAAAAUGUGAUCAGGUUGCCUAGCUUUCUGGUUAUACGAGUAUAUAUAAAGUAGUUUGGUUCAAGAAGUAGUUUGGACUUUUGUAAGAUCAUGUCGAACACCUCUAAAGCUAGCUUAAUAACCCAUCAAAUAAAACAAACAUUUUUUUUACUCGAUCUGCAUACAUGAAGUUAUAUGCUGUGAUAACUAAUUUUCUUAAUCAAAGUUUCACAUUAUGCUAAUUAAUUCAUUUAACUUUUGGUGACAAUUUGGGCCUAUAGAUUAACUUAAGACCGAUCUUCAACCUAUAUUUCCUACUGAUUCUUAAUGCAUGGUAUAAUUUUUGAUGGAGUCUCUUCAAAACCGGUUCUGAUAUUUUUAUAACAAUAGUUUGGAGACCGAAUUAACUUAUGUAUAUUGGAUUUUUGAAAAAUCAAUGCCGUUCGGAAAUUUAGGUUUAGAAGGAUUCGCUUUUAGAGAUGUCUAUGAGCUUUAAGUAAUUAUAAAAUGGAAGUUUGGAGUUUGUGUACGGAGAACUUCCACCAAUACUUUUACAAUGUGCUCUUCACUAGUUUCUGUAUAAAAUUCGCAAAUCAUUUAUAUGUUGAGAGAAAAUAUUAUAAGUAGACAUAUAUAUAUAUAUAUAUAUGAUUUGGUAUCCCACCUAGUAGUGAUGGGAUACAAUAAUUUUGAUGAAGAUCUGGACUUAAUAUGUGUAAAAUAUAAAAUAAAAGGAAAUGUACAAACAACUAUUAAAUCAGAGGUCUCUUUCAGUUAUAAUAAUAUACUAAUAAUAUAAACAGCAAGACCAAUCUUAAUUUUAAAUAAAUACAGAAUAAAACCAGAAAGAUUCUAGCAAAUAUGAAUAUACAUGAGAAGCACUCGCAAUGUUCUCAGCUUAAUAAUGAAAGUAUCAAACGAUUCAUCUUAGUGCCUCGCACGCAAAUAUGUAUGCACCGCGUAUAACCAAAUUCCAUAAUAAUUUCAAGCCAAAUAAAAUAUACAAAUUAACAACACUAUAAAUCCCUAUAUGCAAAUGACAAUGAAGAACUCAAAGGCCAAAACAUUUGAUAAAUAUCAUAUUGUAAGGUCCGAACAGGAGGCAAUUAACAAAAAUGGCCUCCUACGGAAAAAUUAACGAGCAUGAGCAAGCCAAACUCGAAGCAAGGCGGAGGACGAGAAAGAGAAUCGCCAUUAUCGCUAUAUCUUCCAUCGUCCUCGUCUGCAUCGUGGUAGGAGCAGUCGUCGGCACCGCAGCUAACAGUAGCGGCAAGAAACCGUCGUCAACGGAGGGUAACGGUAACGGAGAUUCAAUCUCCGUCUCGGUGAAAGCCGUGUGCGACGUUACAUUACACAAAGACAAAUGUCUUGAGACCGUUGGAUCCGCUCCAAACGCGAGCACACUAAACCCUGAGGAGCUAUUCAACUACGCUGUCCAAAUCACGCUCACGGAGCUCACAAAAGUCCUUAACGGAUUCUCGGACAACAAACACACGGACAAUGCCACGUCAGCAGCGAUGGGAGCUUGCGUGGAGCUUAUCGAGCUAGCCGUUGACCAACUCAACGAGACGAUGACGUCACUCAAAGACCAUACGGCGUCGUCCUCCAAGAGUGUUGCGGAUCUCAGGACGUGGCUUAGCUCCGUUGAAACGUACCAAGAAACGUGCAUGGAAGCGUUGGUCGAAGCGAACAACCCUAACACGACGACGUUUGGGGAGACGCAUUUGAAAAGUUCCACGGAGAUGACGAGCAAUGCGCUAGCGAUCAUAACGUGGUUAGGGAAAAUCGCUGACUCGAUUAAGCUAAACCAUCGUCGUUUACUGGCGACUGGUGACGUUGGCACUCUUGAAAUGAUGCAAGGUCGGAGGCUUUUGGAGAGUGGGGAUUUAAGGAAGAUAGCGAACAUUGUGGUGGCGCAAGAUGGGUCAGGGAAGUAUAGGACGAUAAGUGAGGCUUUAGUGGAAGUGGAAGAGAAGAAUGAGAAGCGUACGAUAAUAUAUGUGAAGAAAGGAGUUUACGUGGAGAAUGUUAGGGUUGAGAAGAAGAAAUGGAACGUUGUGAUGGUUGGUGAUGGUCAGAGUAAGACUAUUGUCUCUGGUGGACUUAACUUUAUCGAUGGAACACCAACUUUCCAAACGGCCACAUUUGCUGUCUUCGGAAAGGGGUUCAUGGCUAGGGACAUGGGUUUCCGCAACACUGCUGGUCCAGCCAAGCACCAAGCCGUAGCUCUUAUGGUGAGCGCAGACUUAUCUGUGUUCUACAGAUGCACCAUGGAUGCUUUUCAAGACACGAUGUACGCUCAUGCACAACGUCAGUUUUAUCGAGAGUGUGACAUCUUUGGAACAGUCGAUUUUAUAUUCGGUAACGCUGCGGUUGUUUUCCAAAACUGCAACAUUUUACCUCGUCGUCCUAUGAAAGGCCAGCAAAACACCAUAACCGCUCAGGGAAAGAAAGAUCCGAACCAAAACACUGGAAUCUCUAUCCACAAUUGUACCAUCUUGCCUUUGGAUGACUUAACUGAUGUUCAAACUUUCCUAGGCCGGCCUUGGAAAGAUUUCUCUACCACGGUGAUCAUGAAGUCUUUCAUGGACGGAUUUAUCAACCCGAAAGGGUGGUUACCGUGGGUAGGAGACAAUGCACCAGACACUAUCUUCUAUGCCGAGCACUUAAAUUUCGGGCCAGGAGCCUCCACGAAGAACCGAGUUAAGUGGAGAGGGUUGAGGACGUUCUUAACAAAGAAGGAAGCGAAUAGGUUUACAGUUAAACCUUUCAUCGACGGCAAAAAGUGGUUACCGUCGACCAAAGUUCCAUUCAAAUCUGAUUUUUGAUUCUUUUUACCUGAAAUGCCUGUCGUUCUUUAAUUUUUUUUAACGAACAUACAAUUUCUCCUUCCAGUUUUCUUCAUGUGUUGUGUGGCUUUCAAAGUUUCUGAAAUUGUUUCUUACCAUCUACAAAUAUAAUCAUACCAUUCAAUUUAUUUUCCUUUAUGAAGUUUUGCAUA